GCAACACUGAAUGUGAAUCUGACGUCGCCACGCGAGCCAUAGAUUUCUUGUGGCAGACGCCGUUUCUCUGUGAAUGUGACUUAGUAAUUUUUUGAUAAACGUGUUAAUAUUCAUUAAACUUAGUUAAGCUAUUUAAAAAUGGCUGAGAAAUACGACAAAAACGGAUACAAUAGUAGUGAUUUCAAGCGAAAUGCGCCGAUAGAUGAAAGUAUGGAAAAUGACCCAGAACAAGAUGGCGAGGAUAAUCCAAAAAUAAAUGAAAAAGCCGGUGAAUACAUGAGAGAGUUGUUAAGCGAGAAAAUAAAACUUAAUAAUGCUAAGUUUCCUAUUAUUACAAAACUUAUUGACCAAGAGGUCACAAAAGUACAAGCUUCAGGUCGGAUACCGGGCAAAGACUCCAAAUAUCUAGAUGUCUUCCGUGAAAAACCCACAAAGGUCACCGUUAAGGUCUUAGUUCCAGUUAAGGAGCACCCUAAGUUUAAUUUUGUUGGCAAGCUACUCGGACCAAAAGGCAAUACUAUGAAGCACUUACAGGAAGAAACCAUGUGCAAAAUGGCAGUUUUAGGCAGAGGAUCAAUGCGCGACAGACAAAAAGAAGAAGAGCUGCGCAACUCCUUGGACCCUAAAUACGCGCACUUAUCGGACGAGCUUCACGUAGAGAUCAGUGCUCUCGCGUCGCCCGCCGAGGCGCACGCGCGGAUCGCAUACGCUCUUGCCGAAGUUAAGAAGUACCUGGUGCCCGAUACCAAUGAUAUGAUCUGGCAGACACAGAUGAGAGAUAUUGAGAGGGGUGGUGCAGCGGGUGCCAGACGCGGGCCCCCAGGUGGCUACGGAGGCGCCGGCCGCGGCUUCGGUUUCGAGGCGGGCGCUGGAGCGUCCGCGCCGGGCGGGCCUCGCGCCAGGCCUCGCAUGCCGCCCGCGCCGCCCAUACCUCGCGCCAUGCCUCCUAAGAACAAGGUCAUCAGCAUAUUGGACCGAGCGCGGUCUGCUAUGGAGACCUCGUACCCGUACGAUGAUGUGUACCAACAGAUGCCUGAGCCUCCGCAGAUCCGUGGCCCAGUCCGAGGCGCGGCGGCGGAGCCCGACUUCUACUACGAGCGUGGCCACGAUCGCUACUACUCGGACGAGGGCUACGGCUACAAGGAGGACGCGCGCGAGUACAAGUCCGUGCGGGCGGUGGGCACGCGGCGCCAGCACUACGCGCGAGCCGAGCCCUACGCGCGCCCGCCCAAGUAGACACCGAGACUACAAAAAAGCGCUCCCACUAAGUCUGGUGAGUAAAAAGUUGUAUUGGAUCUAAACCCACAAGAUUAAUAAAUAAAUACCGAAAAAUAUAUGAAGACUAAAACGUUAAACGCCGAAGAAAAACAAUACAACUACCAAGUACACAAAAGAUACAACUUCAGUAAAACUAAUUAUUAUAAUUAUUUUUGAUGGACCAAAGUACACUGAUACUGUGUAUUUGACAUUGCAAUAAAAAUACUUAAAUGGUAAAAACAUAUUUAAACAAUAUUAUGUUAACAAAAGUAUAAUUUCUUUUAUUUUGUAAUACAGCAUUUAAGCAUGGAAGUGCUGCCAUUAAAAAAAAAUGUAAAAUGCGUAACCGCAUUCAAGCAGGUCAAAUUUUACAAAACUAUAAUAUGUAAAUUUUAAAAAAGCAAUUUUUAAAAUCUAUGUUAGUAAGUAACUUAAUAAUUUUAAUAAUAUUAGUAUACUUAAAACGACUUCAACAUGUUUUGAAUUUAGUAAACGUAACUGCACCUAGUUUUAGAUGACAUGAGAAAGUUGCCAGCCGCAAAAGUUACAAAAGUAUCCAAAAAGGUUUUGCACUUUCUUAAAUAAUUAAGGUAUAAUUAUGAAAACAUGUUGAACAAACAAAAUAUAAAUGUAUUCAAUUUUUGUGUGACUAUGUAAUAAAUAAAAUAAAAAAAAUAUUAAUGUUUAAUUUGUACAGUACACAAUUGGUAUUUUAACCCAAAAAAACGGUGGCCUUUUUAAAUAUUAUGAACGAGAACAUGAAAUUCAAAAUUAUAAUUGAAAACAAAUUGGUAGAUAGUACUUUCCUUAACCUUUCGUAAUACGAUAAGGGAACAUUGGACAAGCAGCAAAUUAAUUACCAAAAUAAAAAGGUAAAAUUAUGAAACUUCCAUUAAUAAUUCUCACAAAUUGAACAUGUCAGAAUUUGUAAACUUCAAUCAUCACAAGUCGGUUUUAUUUAAAAAUAUCACAGGAUUAUUAUUUAUUCAGCAUUGAAGAUAGAAAAUUUAAAAAGAAGUCAAUUUAAGACAAAAAUGGUAAUAAUCAGGCAGAGGUAACUAUAACACCUAAUUCAUUUUUGUUGAAAAAAAAAAUACAAAUCGCCAUAUAUUUUUAUACACAAAUACAAUAAUGAAGAAAAUCCUAGAAGACUGAAGAAAACACUGGACUGAUAAAAUACUAAGUAUACGAAAUAAUAAUUAUUUGAAAGUAGUAAUAAAAUUAGUUCGAUUACUUAAUUAAAAUUCAAAUCAAAAUGUGAAAAUUUUCAACUGUAAGCUGAUAUAAAACAACAAUAUUUAGGCUGCCCGCUGAGAAAAGGUAAGUAAUAAAUAAGAACGAAAGAACACUUCUCAGGGCCUCAUCUUCUGCCUAGCUAUUUCCCAACUAUUUUUCCAGUCUAACCGGAUGCAGCUGAGAAUCUUCGUUUUACAAGGAGCGACUGCUUAUCUGACCUCCUCAACCCAGUUACCCGGGCAACCCAAUACACGUUGGUAAGACUGUCUUCUGUCUACCUGUAAAGACUGCCAAAGAUGUUCAAAUCACAGCCGGGACCUACAGUUUAUCGUGCUUUCCGAAACACGGAAGAUUAUGACAAGACUUGGCACCUAGGUAAGAAGUUUGAGCAGAAAGAAGCAUAACUGGCCGAAAAUUAUCCGACCCAGAAACAAUAUGGUACUAUGCAGCCAAACAAAAGCGAAAAGGGGAGCCAAGUCAGCCAAUUGAAAAUUGCAAUGUAUUCAUUUUUUGAUGUCUGAAAUAAAAUCAGAUCUGCUGUGAAAGAUCAACUAACGUUUACUCAGCUUUAGGUACUCGUUUGAACUGUUCCUGAUUGGUUUAACAAUAUUUCCAGGUUUAUAAUAAAACUCUUUUUAACCAA